UCCAACCCCAGUGUGCUCCAGGGCCUGCUCCGCAUCAUCCCAUACCUUUCCUUUGGAGAGGUAGAGAAAAUGCAGAUCUUGGUAGAGCGAUUCAAACCAUACUGCAGCUUUGACAAGUAUGAUGAAGAUCACAGUGGUGAUGACAAAGUCUUCCUGGACUGCUUCUGUAAAAUAGCGGCUGGCAUCAAGAACAACAGCAAUGGGCAUCAGCUGAAGGAUCUGAUUCUCCAGAAGGGAAUCACCCAGAGUGCUCUCGACUACAUGAAGAAGCACAUCCCCAGUGCCAAGAAUUUGGAUGCUGACAUCUGGAAAAAGUUUUUAUCUCGUCCAGCCUUGCCGUUUAUCCUGAGGCUUCUUCGGGGACUGGCCAUCCAGCACCCUGCCACCCAGGUUCUGAUUGGAACUGACUCCAUCACAAACCUGCAUAAGCUGGAGCAGGUGUCCAGCGAUGAGGGCAUUGGGACCCUGGCAGAGAACCUGCUGGAGGCACUGCGGGAACACCCUGAUGUAAACAAGAAGAUCGACGCAGCCCGCAGGGAGACACGGGCUGAGAAAAAGCGCAUGGCCAUGGCCAUGAGGCAGAAGGCUCUAGGCACCCUGGGCAUGACGACUAACGAAAAGGGCCAGGUCGUGACCAAGACAGCACUGCUGAAGCAGAUGGAGGAGCUGAUCGAGGAGCCGGGUCUUACGUGCUGCAUCUGCAGGGAGGGGUACAAGUUCCAGCCCACAAAGGUCCUGGGCAUUUAUACCUUCACUAAGCGGGUGGCCUUGGAAGAGAUGGAGAAUAAACCACGGAAACAGCAGGGCUACAGUACCGUGUCCCACUUCAACAUCGUGCACUACGACUGUCAUUUGGCUGCUGUCAGCCAUUUGUCCCUGGCGUCCUCCCCAUCCAGGUUGGCUCGAGGCCGAGAAGAGUGGGAAAGUGCCGCUCUUCAGAACGCCAACACCAAGUGCAAUGGGCUCCUUCCAGUCUGGGGACCCCACGUCCCUGAAUCAGCUUUUGCCACUUGCUUGGCAAGGCACAACACUUACCUCCAGGAGUGCACGGGCCAGCGGGAGCCCACGUACCAGCUCAACAUCCACGACAUCAAGCUGCUGUUCCUGCGCUUCGCUAUGGAGCAGUCGUUCAGUGCAGACACCGGUGGGGGCGGCCGGGAGAGCAACAUCCACCUGAUCCCGUACAUCAUUCACACUGUGCUUUACGUCCUGAACACAACCCGAGCAACUUCCCGAGAAGAGAAGAACCUCCAAGGCUUCCUGGAACAGCCCAAGGAGAAGUGGGUAGAGAGUGCCUUUGAAGUGGACGGGCCCCACUAUUUCACAGUCCUGGCCCUCCACAUCCUGCCCCCUGAGCAGUGGAGAGCCAUGCGCGUGGAAAUCUUGCGGAGGCUGCUGGUGACCUCGCAGGCCCGGGCCGUGGCUCCUGGAGGAGCCACCAGGCUGACAGAUAAGGCAGUGAAGGACUACUCUGCUUAUCGUUCUUCCCUUCUGUUUUGGGCCCUCGUCGAUCUCAUUUACAACAUGUUUAAGAAGGUGCCUACCAGUAACACGGAGGGAGGCUGGUCCUGCUCUCUAGCUGAAUAUAUCCGCCACAAUGACAUGCCCAUCUAUGAAGCUGCCGACAAAGCCCUAAAAACCUUCCAGGAGGAGUUCAUGCCGGUGGAGACCUUCUCGGAGUUCCUCGACGCGGCUGGUCUCUUAUCAGAAAUCACCGAUCCAGAGAGCUUCCUGAGGGACUUGUUGAACUCAAUCCCCUGACCGCGCACACGAACUGCAGCUGACGAAGACUGAAGCUAGCUUGCCUUCAUCCCUCUGUUCUUCCCUCCUCGUGCAUCGAUCCCCCACGGGAUGCUGCGUAUUACCCCUUCCUUCCCCCAUCUUUUCUUGGAGUGGCUUGGGGUUUUUAGGCUUCCUGUUUUAUCUUGUGUGUGUGGUGCACUAGCUAUGAAGUUGUCUGUGACCCAAGCCACCGAAGGACCUGUACAUACCUAGGAGCCAUGAAUUGGCCUGGCCAACUUAAUACUUGAGCGUGCACAUCUUGAAAAAUAAACGAAUGACUUAAUACACAUUGAAAAA